AUUAGACGUGGUCUAAGGGGAGAAAUGAGCAUUAAGUCAACCACUGAUAUUUCUAGCUGUACUCAAGAUUUGAAAAAUGACAAGUGGUUCAAUACUUCCUUAGCUAGAACCAUUAAAGACAUCAUAAACUCAAAUGAGGUUGGCACCUACACGUGCAAAGGGAUAAUAGUUGACUUUCACCCCACGGAAUCAUGGUACUACGAAGCAUGCGGAAAUGAAAGAUGUUACAAAGGAAUUUCCAAGGGAAGCAAAGUAGGAGAUCAUUGCAAAAAGUGCAAUAAACCAAUCAGCAAAAUCAUUAUAAGAUAUUGCAUGAGAGUGCUUGUGGAAGAUAGUGGUGAGCAGACGUAUUUUACAUUGUUUGAGGACUGUGCAUUUCAUUUGCUGAAAAAAACUGCUACUCAAUUACUGGAUGAGAUGGAAAGUGAGACCGGUGAUAGAAAUGGGACCCCUGACAUAUUGGCCACGUUGCUAGAGAGAGAAUUUCUCUUUGUAGUCGAUGUGAGUAUGAGAUUUGGUGCUCGUGUUUGUACAAUAAAACAAAUUACAGAAGACAUUCAAACCAUAGCCCAAUUUUCUGCCAUAUCACGUGUUCAUGAUGACGUUGAAAUCAUUGAAUAAACAUGUUCCAAUUCAACGUGCACUCAAAUUACACCUCAAAAACGAAGUUCUAAUGAUUUGUCUAGAGAUGAAGAUGACGUUCAGUUCUCAGCAACGAAGGUCUUAAAGAAAUAGAAAUGUCUUCGAACAAUUUUCACUUUUGGGAACUUUUGUUAUUGUGAUUUUGAACUUUGUUGAUGAAUACAUUAUGAGACUAUUGAUGCAUAAUACUGUUUGAGUGGAGUAUAUGACUUCUGAAAUUU